UUGUAUAAAAAUGCACCUUCCUCUAAUAUACGAUUUAAGCAUAAGUUUAUGGCAUCUGAAGUAUCGAAUACAGAAUUAUGGAAAGAAGAAUAUUAUGAAGAAGGUCAAGAUUCAAUUAUUACAGUACAUAAAAUAUAUGGUAGAGCCAUUAAGAUAAACUAUUGGGUUGGGAAUAGGAAUAAUUAUAUAUCAAUAAUUCCAUUGAAUAGAAGAUUUAAUGUUUAA